UUUUCAUCCAGUUUUCUCCCUCCAAUCUAGCUUCAAACUGAAUUGACAGACUCCGCGGGUCAGUAAAGAACCCAACGGCCAUCAGCGCUGUUCUCCUAUCCCUCUACUGGCUUUAUUGCCUCCUCUGAACCAUCAGAGAUCUCCAUCCCUGCCUGGGAAGCCGAUCGCCGGACCUUGUUUGCCAAGAGGGCGAGACAGGCAAUCAAUCUGCGCAUCGCAAUUUUAAACCACCGACCGGAUAGUCUAGCCCAGUCAAUGGCGUUCCAAAAUGAACUCUCUGGAUAGCGCUAGGGUCCCAGUCAACCCCUCCGAUACCCAUACCAGCUCUGCGAAGUUUUACCCAUCUCGCCCAAGCGACCGUCGAGGCUUCGAGAUAGCUAUCAUUUGCGCCUUAACCCUUGAAGCUGAUGCUAUCGAAGCCUUGUUCGAUCACCACUGGGAAGACGACGGUCCACCUUUCGAUAAGGAGCCAGGCGACCCCAAUGCAUACUCGACAGGCGUAAUCGGCCGCUUCAAUAUUGUUCUUGCGCAUAUGCCAGGUAUGGGCAAGGUUCAUGCGGCCACUGUUGCUUCCAACUGCGGGAAGAGCUUUCCUAGCAUCAAGCUUGCUCUCGUGGUUGGGAUCUGUGGCGUUGUUCCCUUUGGCCCUGCUAAGGACGAAAUCAUCCUUGGCGAUGUCGUUAUUAGCAACGGUGUCAUUCAGUAUGACUUUGGUCGACAGCUGCCUGAGCGCUUCGCCCGUAAGGACACAUUGCUAGAGGUCCCAGGUAGACCCAACACGGAGAUACGGGGAGUUUUAGCAAAGCUAGAAGGACUUCGACAUCGUCGCCAAUUAAACGCUAAGAUAGAAGGCUACUUAGCUGUUCUUCAAAGUGACCCAGAGCUGCAUGCCGAGUAUCCUGGCGCUACGAAAGAUAGACUAUUCAAGGUAUCUUAUCGUCAUACCGAUGAUCAAAGGUCAUGCGAGCAGCUUGGAUGCAACGGUGAACUUGUAUCACGAAGCCGCCUAUCGACUGCAGACGUCCCUACUAAACCUGCUAUCCAUUUUGGGUUGAUGGCCUCUGGGGAUGCAGUUAUGAAAUCUGGCGAAGAUCGUGACAGGAUUGCCACGGCGGAAGGGAUCAUUGCCUUUGAGAUGGAAGGUGCUGGGGUUUGGGAUAGCUUCCCAUGUAUUAUCAUUAAAGGCGGUUGUGACUAUGCUGAUAGUCACAAAAGUAAGGUCUGGCAGCGAUAUGCAGCAGCUACAGCGGCAGCUUGUGCGAAAGCCUUUCUGGGCUUCUGGAUCCCUUCUGUUACUCAAGUACAGCUUGGCCAUUCGUCAUUCUGCCCUUCUGACUCACGCAUGACAGAAUCCAGGACUCAUUACCUACCGCUGUCGAGGAACAAGAACUUUGUUGGCCGCCAAGAAGUAAUUUCUCAGCUUCAGCAGCUUCUAUUCACUGAUCCAGAUGGCCAACGAGUCGUUCUAGUCGGUUUGGGCGGCGUUGGCAAGACGCAGAUCGCUCUUCAACUUGCACAUAUUGUGAAGAAGGAAGAUCAGGCAGACCGCGACUACUCCGUCAUAUGGAUGCCCGCGUUGAGCAUGGCGAGUUUCGAACAAGCCUGCAGCAAGAUGAUUAGCAAAUUUGGCAUCGAGCAGACCAAUGAGGAGAACCCCAAAGAAACAUUCAAGAGGUUUUUGAGCUCAGAAAAGGUCGGAAAGUGGUUUCUUAUCAUCGACAACGCCGACAAUAUCGAGACUCUCUAUGGAAAAGCUGAGGCCGCAGGAGGUAUCAAUCAGUUCAUUCCUGAUUGUGAGCACGGUUAUAUUCUGUACACAACCCGAUCUCGUGAAGUAGCCAUCAGUGUGGCGCAGAACAACAUCGUCAAGCUGUCAGAGAUGGAUGAUCAAGAUGCGAAGACCCUCUUAAAGAGUUCAUUGAUUGAAAAAGGCCAGAUGCAGGACACGGCUCUUAUCGACAAGCUCCUACACAAGCUCGCCUAUCUACCGCUGGCUAUCACCCAAGCCUCAGCAUACAUGAAAGUCAAUGAGAUUUCAGUCAACGAGUAUCUCCGACUCCUCCAAAAUACCGAACAGGAUAUGGUAGAACUGCUGAGUUGUGGGUUCCGUGACAGCACUCACUACGAUUCUUCGCAAGGCGCUGUUGCUACUACCUGGAUCGUAUCCUUUCAGCAAAUCCGCGCUCUAAACGAAGACGCUGCGACACUUCUCUCUAUCACGGCCUAUCUUGAACCGAAAGCCAUACCUCGUGCCUUAUUACCGCCUCUGGGCUCUGAACAAAGAAUGACUCGUGCUAUUGGUACACUCUGUGGAUACAGCUUCUUGAGUAAACGAGAAGAUGGCGAGACGUUCGACAUGCACAGUCUCGUGCACCUUGUAACACGAAGAUGGAACCAAGACGAUGGACUCGAGACACGAAUACGACACAUGGCAGUCGCACAUGUUGCCAAAGUAUUUCCAACUAACGAUUGGAAGAACCGUCAGGUAUGGGGGCAGUUUAUGCCACAUGCACUCAGACUCCUAAAAAAUACGGAUGGUGCCGGUACCAGAGAGAGAUGCGAACUUGGACGUAGGGUUGGCCGAUGCUUGUUCGCUGACGGACGGAUAAGACAGGCAGUGCAUAUACUUGAGUCUGUGGUUGAGAUCCAGAGGACAACCUUGGCAGAAAAUGACCGAAGGAGACUGGCAUCACAGGACGCGCUAGCACACGCGCUUGCAUCAGCAUAUCGAUUUAACGGGCAGAUAAAAGAGGCAGUUGAACUGCUUGAACAUGUGGUUGCAGUUCAGGCAGAGCUAGCAGAGAAUCACCCCUAUCGACUGGCAUCACAGCACGCGCUUGCAUCAGCAUAUCGAUUUAACGGGCAGAUAAAAGAGGCAGCAAUUGAAAUGCUUGAACAUGUGGUUGCAGUCCAGGCCGUUACACUAUCAGAGGACCAUCCUGAUCGGCAGCUAUCAAUAGGGUGGCUGCAGUACUGCUAUGAUAGGUUAGAGGAGGUCAGCGUUUCAGGAGAGUCGGACGGCUUAGAGACUGAUGAUUGA